AUGUAUGCUGCUGGAUGCAAAGAUGUGAUACCGCUAUUGGGCCGAGGCAAUCAACACGGCUUCUUACCUUCAGAACCUGUUACCAACCAAAUCAACCAACAAAACUCCUUACGAAGCCUGGUAUGGCAAGAAACCGAAUCUCACUCACCUGCUCAUCACCACUCACUGCGAGUAUUCGGUAGCCAAGCAUACGUGCAUAUUCCAUCUGAGAAAAGAACCAAGCUUGAGGCGAAAGCUGAAAAGAUGACGUUAGUAGGAUGUUCUAACCAUCACAAAGCGUAUCGUUUCAUUAAUCCAUCUAAUGACAAGGUGGUGUAUAAUAGAAAUGCUCGUUUCCUGGAAAGUGAAAAAACCCACCACCCACAGGACAGGCAAGUCGAUGUAAUUGAGAUCGAGUCACCAUUGUCGCAUGAUAUUAAGCCGCAACCAGACAAAAAUCAUAAACAGAAAGGUUUUUCCGAUACAAGCUUGGAAUAUGAGUCGGGUGAAGAAUUUCUCAGCGAUACUUAA